UGAACAGGGAGCUUCACUGGGUGGGUCUUCAUCAGCUUUCAUAACAAAAGCGGCCUUAAAUAAGAGGCUGGAGGCUCUUCGCAUUUCAUCCGACCAGCUGCACUGCUAGCCUCGACAAAAUGAUCUUCUUUGCAGGAGCGAUUGUGUUGCUGUUGACUGUGACGGCAGAAGCCAGGGUUGGCAACUCUACUGAACCCAACUCCUUCUGCACGGAGACCAAGGAGUGCUUGCUGUUUGAUUUGAUUUGCGAGGGAGACGGAUAUGAGGUGCGCCACUAUGAGGCUUCCAAAUGGGUGGCCACUGAGGUCAACUCUCACUUCAUGGAGUUUGCAGUAAUGAGAGCUUUCAGAAAACUUUUCAAGUAUAUCACUGGUGAAAAUGAAGCAGGUGUUAAGAUUGAAAUGACAGCCCCAGUAAUCACUAAAGUGAAAGAGGACGGGGGCAUGUUGGACCAAUCAGUCUACAUUCUCAGCUUUCUCUUGCCCUCUGCCUACCAGAACUCUGCUCCCGAACCCACUGACAGCACAGUGUAUCUCACUGACAUGCCGGACAUGAAUGUGUAUGUGAAGACUUAUGGAGGCUGGACGGUAUCGGCGACAGCUAAAUUUUAUUCGUAUCGCCUGAAACAGUUGCUGGACAAAGUCAAAGCCUCUUACAACAAAGAGUACCAUUACAAUGUCGGCUAUAACAGUCCAAUGAAGCUGAUGAACAGACAUAAUGAGGUGUGGUACGUGGUUGAAGGAACGCCUGUGUGUUCCGCAUCUGAGUAAUGUUCCACUUCUUCCUGGUCUGAGAUGUAUGGCAAGCUGCAGAGCGCUCCUCUACAGACCUGUAAAGCAAGUCGGCUUACUUCUGCGAACUUUGUUGAAAGACCCUAGAAGUCUUGUCACACUUUCUACUAUUUGAUAACCCACUAAUAUCUUUAUGACACUUUUUCUAUGCAACUGACUAUGCAACAUUUGCUAAAUAAAUCAAUAAUUAAAA